CGGACCGCCGCCGUUGCCGCACGCCCCCGACCUGUAGGACGCCGCUAGACUUGUUGCGAAGGCCACCUGUUAACACAUGGAGGCGCCGUGAAUCCAAGCGUUGGCCGCGAUGCCGCGCUGCUAUAUGGUGAAGAAAAGCAACCAGCGUCAUGAUGGUCCGCCCCCCUGCAGCCCGACAGAGGCCAGCGUGGCUCCGCCUUGCUACAGCCCCUCUGAGGACACGGCUACCACAGAAGCAGGUCGUGCUGAAUAUGAGGAGCCAGCAUACAAUCCGAUGGAGCGGACGGCAGCAGACACAGAAGCAGCACAUGACCUGCUCUCGCUCGCCAACAGUCUGCCGCCGCUGCCGCUACCGCCACCACCACCACCACCACCACCACCUCCAAUAUUCACAAUGCUGCAACCUCCCGAAACACCCAUCAUCCCCGUGUAUACCUAUACCAUACAGCCGACCAACAUUUUUAUCAUCGCUGACGAGCCCCCUGAGCCUAUCUAUCAUGUGUUACCCACGGUCGCACCCAUACCGCAGUUCGAAUAUAUGCUCGAACCACAAUUAAGUUACCUCGCUUACCAACCAAUGCCAGAACAGCAAAUCCAAUUCUUAGAUUCAGUGGCUGUACCUGUCAUUGAAACUCUACAUUCUCUAAAUCCAGUACCAUUCUCUGCAUCGCAUAUGGAAUCUGUUUUGAUAACCGAACCUUUCCCCGAUCCCCUGCCCCAGCCCCUGAUUGAACCCCUUCCCGAAUGCCUGCCAGAAUCCUUGCCUCAACCCUUGCACGAAACUCUGCCCGAACCAAUGCCCCAAGCUCUUCACGAACCCCUACCCGAAACGGAGCCCGUACCACAAAUGGAGCCGGAAGUCGAACCAGAACUCGAUCCGGAACUCGAACUGGAGCCCGAAUUGAUUGAAGAAAACGAGUUGCAAAAUUCAAAAGAUAAAAUGAAUAAAUACGAUUGUGACGAAUGUGGCAAACGUUACGCAACAUCGUCAAAUCUGUCAAGACACAAACAAACCCAUCGCAGUCUCGACUCGCACGAGGCCAAGCGUUGCAACGAUUGCGGCAAAGCAUACGUGUCCAUGCCCGCACUCGCGAUGCAUGUUCUCACCCACAGAAUGGGACACGUGUGCGGCGUUUGCGGCAAGCAGUUUUCUCGGCCGUGGCUCCUCCGCGGACACUUGCGUUCACAUACCGGCGAAAGACCCUAUGACUGUCCCGUCUCUGGCUGUAGCAAAGCAUUCGCGGAUCGCUCCAAUCUACGCGCCCACCUGCAGACCCAUUCAGCAGAAAAAAAUUACGAAUGUUGUCGCUGCCACAAAACAUUUGCUCUAAAGAGCUACCUCACAAAGCAUCUGGAGACGACGUGUCUGGUCUUCAUGAAUGAGUAAAACAAGCAGAAGUCUACCAAAAAUUGCAACGAAUAACUUCUCUAUGAACUUCUUUACAUCUUUAUAUUGAAACAUAUUAAUAUAUAAGUAAGGCGAUUGUAAAUCCGGCGGCAUAAAAAAUGAUAAGCAAUAAUUGUGUACCUAAUAUUGUUACGGCUCUUUCUAUAAGGUCUUAAAAACGUAUUUUUCUUGAAAAUAGAUAAAUCCAGCCUCGACGGAUUUAAUCGUGUCAAUUUAUGUCAAGAGCCUGCAAUGUUAUUAACGUAAUUUAUUAUACGUAGUAAUUUUAAAUCGUACGGUAAGUAUACGCCACACGCGUGGUGCGAGACGUUAUAGAUAGUAGUUACGGUGAUACGUAGAGACUUAAUGAAACCGUCGAGCUGUGGUACAAAGAGAGCAAUAAAGUAAUGUGAGUAGGAGAAAGUCGUAAGCGCACGAGUAGCGUGCGAUGCCUAGUCAGUAGAAAGUAGCUUCGUGGCCGGCGCCCACGCCGUCAAAGGACCAAAACGUUGCCCGCGCUCCCCUCGCAUUUUAUAUAAUUACGUUCAAUUAUUAAAUAAAACAAAGAAGUUCUUUUUUUUCAUAAAUAUUUUACAAAAAUAACUAUUUAAGUUCUUAAAACGAAGUAGGUACAUUCAUAUAAUAAAUUGAAAGACAAAUUGAAUCAAUUUUGUAAUUUAGUUAGAUUUUGUGAGGGUCUGUUUAUGUAACGAUUGAACGUGAUUCACUUUCGUUGUUCAUCGGUUAAUUACACAUGAAGCUGUCAAACAAAAGCAACGAUUUUCAACGUAUCAACUUUAUCUUUGAGUUCCCGUAUUUGUGUGUUUGCAUAUCUGACGUGUAGUUAUAAUAUUAUUAACUCAAACAUUCAUUACUUUCAUAUCCGACGAUAUUAAGGGUAAACAUUAGUUCAUAUAAAUAUGUAGAGAGGUAGGUAUGUUAAGAUUGAAUCGGUUUAGAUAUUAAAACUUUAGAGUAUUAUACAAAUAAGUUCCAUAUUAAUUUACAAAAACCAAAGCUUGGCAUUUGUAAUAUUCGUUAGCAUAAGUACUUCUUUGAAUAUCGUAUUCAGAUAUUGUAAUAAUAUCAAUUUACACAACUUUAAUGCAAAUACGGUAAAUAUAAAAUGCAAUUUAAGAAAAUAUUUUUAUAGAGACACGCUUAGAAUGUUUGGAGAGCAGUAUUUGUGAUGUAAUUCAUUUAAAUAGGUUAGUGAUCUUAAGACAUGUAGUUUUAUGAAUAUGUUAUAUUAAAAGUAAGGGUCGUAAUAAACUCCAAUGAUAUUUAAUUUUUAUUAAGACAGCUGAUGACGGUAAUUAUACGAAUAAUCAGUUGCUUUUAAACGAUUAUAGAAUAAUAAGCAGAGCGUGAUAAAGUAUUACAUACUAGUGUAGUUUACUACCGAACGUCAUUAUAGAGAGUUUUACAAAACCUAAACUGUUGUAAAACUAGAGAUUUACAUUGUGUAAUUAUAUCCAAUACGUUUGUGGUUGUUAUAUACAAAACAAAAUCAACAAUAAUAUUAAAUACGUUUAUUCUUAAGCUAGAUCUGUAUAAAUAGAAUUUAAUAUGC